UCCAGUGCAUGUUAUUGAAAAUGAAUCCGCUUUAUGUAUGUGUAGUUUUCAUAAGCUUAUUGCAUCAAUGUUUGACAGACCACUCGUACCCUCUGAACGGAAGGGACGCGCUAAAGGUUCGCUUUAACGAGUUUAAGGACGUCCCAAGGACGCGAGCGGAAGCAGAAGCUCAAAAUUUUACGAAGGUAUCCGAGUGUUUAACCAAUCACUACAGGGGCAUUCAAUACAUGAAGGAUGGUGACGUCACAGUAAUUCCGCUCUAUGACAUCAACGGGUACAUUGCGGGUCUGCAAACUGGACUUCCGGUCGGACUGGAAAACGGCUAUCCAUCGGAAGAGCUUAAACCGCCUUUCAUAAUUGAUGGGCAGCACUAUAAACUGACGGCGUAUUUUGUAAAUCCCGAGAUCAUCUGUCGGCGCGGCCGCUCUACCCAACAAUACCGCAUGCACGGAACCGGAAAUGACUUGUUCAUUCAAACUGGACCCGACCCGGAGGUUGAUCUAAUGGAGAUUGAUGAACACGAAUCCGAGACGACAUGGGUGAAGGGGUUGUGCUUUCCCAAGAUGGGAUUCCAUUAUUUCAAGGACUUGGAAGUCAAUAUGCGCUGUGAAACGUUCUUUCCGGUGGCGACGCUAUACUACCACGGCCGUUUACAAGGGUUCGUCUGGUCAUUCGGAGCCAUUCUCAACUCAUCGUACGUCAGCUACGAGUAUCCUGAACCCGAGUUCUUCUUAGAACUUAUGGAGGAAGUUCCCGUAUGUUUGAAUUCACUGCGCAGGUCCACGCUUCACAUCUACUUCCGGAGUAACCCGGAAACGUUCACGUGCCAGGAGAUGACAACUCCUUCAAACGCUCGGAAAUGUCCCGUUUCUGACGGAAACGUCUCUCGUGUGAACACGGGUAUAUUGGCGACAAUUGCGGGAAUCUACGUUUUCAUCAAACUCAUUUGAAAACUCGAUGUAUUGUGUGAUUUACUAAUGUAUUUACGUGAUUAUCUUAUUUUGUCUGUUCCAAUAUUUUAUGAAAGUGAAUAUUUUGGUUGUUGGGGAUAAAUGGAAACUUAGACAUAAGUAUA